GUGCGCAUCGGGCCCGCUUGCGGCCCCUCGGAGGCAUGGGGCUCCGUCCGGCCUGCCGCCCGCGUGCAGGCCUGAGGCCCGAGCCCCCGCCUCUGGCUGCCAGCCCGCGCUCGGCGUUUCACCGCGCUCGGCCGAGGCCCGCCUCUAAGCCGUUUUCGCUUUCGCUUUCCUGCCGCCGUCGUUGAGGAAAAUGAAAGUGACCGUGGCGGGGGCCCGGACUAGCGCAGCAGCUCGUCGGAGCGAGGGGCGCGGAGAGCCGCCGCAGUCGGCGUGGAGCCUGCGAGCUGGAGCCGCGGCCCGCAGCAGACUAGGUGGCAGCACGCCCUGGAAUUCUCUGCCCUGCAAGCAGUCCCCAGGCUGGACCACAGAGAAAGAAGAAAAUGGACUCCCAGCUGCCAUCUGCAAUGUGCCAGAGUUUGUAGCCUUUUGGAGGAAGACAACAACAAGGUACCUGUGAUCUAGUGUGGUCCAGGAGCAGAUGGUCGUGCUUCUGAUAUAUCGUCUGAAGGCAUCCCAGGAUCACACUUAGGUAACCACUGUUUGUCACAAGCGCCUGCCUUCCUCAGAGUCAGGGCUCUUAAGGAUGCCCCGCCGCACCCAGUAAGCAAGAGGACUGCGAGGCCAUCAGCAAAAGACACACCCGGUCUGAACUGCUCCCGGAAGCCAGAGCUGCGCACGCACCGCGAACCUACGACUUCCCGGCGUGCUCCUGGCCUGCGGCGUAAAUGCACGCUGGUCGUAGCGACCCACGUGACCCGCGGGGCGGCCGCGGCGGGAACCUGUGAGCGUACCGUUUCGCGUCUACUGCGUGCAGCCCGGGACAGGCCCUCACCCCGGCUCUCGCUCGUCAGGCCAGAAGGAAGCCGGUGUGGGAGGAAGAGUUCCAGCCAGAGCCUUCGCUACCCCUUUGAGCCUCCCAACUUGGAGUCUCGCGGGCCCUCACAGCGCGCGCUCGCCCUGCUCCGGCCGGAGGCACCGCUAAGUCUUGGUGGGCGGGGGCUCUAGGCCCCUGGUGUUGAGAAAAGAAACAUUUGCAAACAUGUCCCGGAUCGAAAAGAUGAGCAUUUUGGGCGUGCGGAGUUUUGGAAUAGAGGACAAAGAUAAGCAAAUUAUCACUUUUUUCAGCCCACUCACAAUUUUGGUUGGACCUAAUGGGGCGGGGAAGACGACCAUCAUUGAAUGUCUCAAAUAUAUUUGUACUGGAGAUUUUCCUCCUGGAACCAAAGGACAUACAUUUGUUCAUGAUCCCAAGGUUGCUCAAGAAACAGAUGUGAGAGCCCAGAUUCGUCUACAGUUUCGUGAUGUCAAUGGAGAAGUUAUAGCUGUACAGAGAUCUAUGGUGUGUACUCAGAAAAGCAAAAAGACAGAGUUUAAAACCCUGGAAGGAGUCAUUACUAGAACAAAGCAUGGUGAGAAGGUCAGUCUCAGCUCUAAGUGUGCAGAAAUUGACCGAGAGAUGAUAAGUUCUCUUGGGGUUUCCAAGUCUGUGCUAAAUAAUGUCAUUUUUUGUCACCAAGAAGACUCUAAUUGGCCUCUAAGUGAAGGGAAGGCUCUGAAGCAAAAAUUUGAUGAAAUUUUUUCAGCAACAAGGUACAUUAAAGCCUUGGAAACACUUCGGCAGGUACGUCAGACACAAGGUCAGAAGGUAAAAGAAUGUCAAGCAGAACUAAAAUAUUUGAAGCAAAAUAAGGAAAAAGCUUGUGAGAUACGUGACCAGAUUACUAGUAAGGAAGCUCAGUUAACAUCGUCAAAGGAAAUUGUCAAAUCCUAUGAGAACGAACUUGAUCCAUUGAAGAAUCGUCUAAAAGAAAUUGAACAAAACCUCUCUAAAAUAAUGAGACUUGACAAUGAAAUUAAAGCCUUGGAUAGCCGGAAGAAGCAAAUGGAGAAAGAUAAUAGUGAACUGGAAAAGAAAAUGGAAAAGGUUUUUCAAGGGACUGAUGAGCAACUAAAUGAUUUAUAUCAUAAUCACCAGAGAACAGUAAGGGAGAAAGAAAGGAGACUGGUAGACUGUCAGCGUGAACUAGAGAAGUUAAAUAAAGAAUCAAGACUUCUCAAUCAGGAAAAAUCAGAACUGCUUGUUGAGCAGGGUCGUUUGCAGCUACAGGCGGAUCGCCAUCAAGAACAUAUCCAAGCUAGAGAUUCAUUAAUUCAGUCUUUGGCAACACAGCUAGAAUUGGAUGGCUUUGAACGUGGACCAUUCAAUGAAAGACAUAUUAAAAAUUUUCACAAACUUGUGAGAGAGAGGCAAGAAAGGGAAGCAGAAAUUGCCAGCCAGCUGAUGAAUGACUUUGCAGAAAAAGAAACUCUGAAACAAAAACAGAUAGAUGAAAUAAGGGACAAGAAAACUGGACUGGGAAGAAUAAUUGAGCUAAAAUCAGAAAUCCUAACAAAGAAGCAGAAUGAGCUGAGAAAUGUGAAGCAUGAAUUACAGCAGUUGGAAGGAUCUUCAGACAGGAUUCUUGAACUAGACCAGGAGCUCUCAAAAGCUGAACGUGAGCUAAGCAAGGCUGAGAAAAACAACAAUGUAGAAGCUCUAAAAACAGAAGUUAUAAACCUUCAAAAUGAGAAAGCAGACCUAGACAGGACCCUGCGUAAAUUGGACCAGGAGAUGGAACAGUUAAACUAUCAUACAACAACACGCACCCAGAUGGAGAUGCUGACCAGAGACAAAGCUGACAAAGAUGAACAAAUCAGGAAAAUAAAAUCUCGACACAGUGAUGAAUUAACUUCAUUGUUAGGAUAUUUUCCCAAUAAAAAACAGCUUGAAGACUGGCUUCAUAGUAAAUCAAAAGAAAUUAAUCAGACCAGGGACAGACUUGCCAAAUUGAACAAAGAACUAGCUUCAUCUGAGCAAAAUAAAAAUCAUGUAAAUAAUGAACUAAAAAAGAAAGAAGAACGGUUGUCCAGUUAUGAAGACAAGCUGUUUGAUGUUUGUGGUAGCCAGGAUUUUGAAAGUGAUUUAGACAGGCUUAAAGAAGAAAUUGAAAAAUCCUCAAAACAGCGAGCCAUGCUGGCUGGAGCCACAGCAGUUUACUCCCAGUUCAUUACUCAGCUAACAGAUGAAAACCAGUCAUGUUGCCCUGUCUGUCAGAGGGUUUUUCAGACAGAAGCUGAAUUACAGGAAGUCAUCAGUGAUUUGCAGUCUAAGCUGCGGCUUGCUCCAGAUAAACUGAAGUCAACAGAAUCAGAACUAAAGAAAAAAGAAAAGCGGCGUGACGAAAUGCUGGGACUUGUCCCCAUGAGGCAAAGCAUAAUUGAUUUGAAGGAGAAGGAAAUACCGGAAUUAAGAAACAAACUGCAGAAUGUCAAUAGAGACAUUCAGCGCUUAAAGAAUGACAUAGAGGAACAGGAUACACUCUUGGGCACAAUAAUGCCUGAAGAAGAAAGUGCUAAAGUCUGCCUGACAGAUGUUACAAUUAUGGAGAGGCUCCAGAUGGAACUUAAAGAUGUUGAAAGGAAAAUUGCACAACAAGCAGCUAAGCUGCAAGGACUAGACUGGGAUAGAACUGUUCAACAAGUAAACCAGGAAAAACAAGAAAAGCAACACAAAUUAGAUACAGUUUCCAGUAAGAUGGAAUUGAAUCGUAAGCUUAUACAGGACCAGCAGGAACAGAUCCAACACCUUAAAAGUAUAACAAAUGAACUUAAAUCAGAGAAACUUCAUAUAUCUACUAAUUUACAACGUCGUCAGCAACUAGAGGAGCAGACUGUGGAAUUAUCCACUGAAGUUCAGUCCUUAUUCAGAGAGAUAAAGGAUGCUAAAGAGCAGUUAAGCCCUUUGGAAACAACAAUGGAGAAAUUCCAGCAGGAGAAAGAAGAAAUAAUCAACAAAAAAAAUAAAAGUAACAAAAUAGCCCAGGAUAAAAUGAAUGAUAUCAAAGAAAAGGUUAAAAAUAUUCAUGGUUAUAUGAAAGACAUUGAGAAUUAUAUUCAAGAUGGGAAAGAUGACUAUAAGAAGCAAAAAGAAAAUGAACUUAAUAAAGUAGUAGCUCAACUAAAUGAAUAUGAGAAACACAAAGAAAAUAUAAAUAAAGACAUGGGAAUCAUGAGACAAGAUAUUGAUACACAAAAGAUACAAGAGAGAUGGCUACAGGAUAACCUUACUUUAAGAAAAAGAAAUGAGGAACUAAAAGAAGUUGAAGAAGAAAGAAAACAGCAUUUGAAGGAAAUGGGUCAAAUGCAGGUUUUACAAAUGAAGAAUGAACAUCAGAAGUUGGAAGAAAAAAUAGACAAUAUAAAAAGAAAUCACGAUUUGGCAGUAGGGCGACAAAAAGGUUAUGAGGAAGAAAUUAUUCAUUUUAAGAGAGAACUUCGAGAACCUCAAUAUCGGGAUGCAGAAGAAAAGUACAGGGAAAUGCUGAUUGUUAUGAGAACAACAGAGCUCGUGAACAAGGAUCUGGACAUUUAUUAUAAGACCCUUGAUCAAGCAAUCAUGAAAUUUCACAGUAUGAAAAUGGAAGAAAUCAACAAAAUUAUUCGUGACCUUUGGCGAAAUACCUAUCGUGGACAAGAUAUUGAAUACAUAGAAAUUCGAUCUGAUGCCGAUGAAAAUGUAUCAGCCUCUGAUAAAAGGCGGAAUUACAACUACCGCGUGGUAAUGCUAAAAGGAGACACAGCUUUGGAUAUGCGAGGACGAUGCAGUGCUGGACAAAAGGUGUUAGCCUCCCUCAUCAUUCGCCUGGCCUUGGCUGAAACGUUCUGCUUGAACUGUGGCAUCCUUGCCUUGGAUGAGCCAACAACAAAUCUUGACCGAGAAAACAUUGAGUCUCUUGCACAUGCUCUUGUUGAGAUAAUCAAGAGUCGCUCACAGCAGCGCAACUUCCAGCUUCUGGUCAUCACACAUGAUGAAGAUUUUGUGGAGCUCUUAGGCCGCUCUGAAUAUGUGGAUAAAUUCUACAGGAUUAAGAAGAACAUUGAUCAGUGCUCAGAGAUCGUGAAAUGUAGUGUUAGCUCCCUGGGUUCUUAUGUUCAUUAAAAAUAGUCACGAUUUUUGCCUUAGAAACACAAGUCCUCAGGCAACUGCUUAUUUCUGGUAUCAACUGAGUCAGUAGGAAAAUCUGUCCUCUCAGAGGAGCUUUGCAUCUAGGAUUUUGAAUGAGAAGUUCUACCAUCAUUAAAAUUGUUUCAAAUGAAA